AUGGACGUGGCGGAGCAACGGCCGCCAUCGCCCCCGGCUCCGCAGCAGCGGCGGUGCCAGUUUUGGAUGCCCAGCAAGGGUCGGCUAUGCGCCAACUCCGCUCUGCACGACUCUCCGUACGGCCCUUCUCCCUCUCUGCAGCCUUCUCCUCUCUGUCGUCUGGUCGGAGAUUUGGCCUUCCGUUUCUGGAUCUAGUUCUUGAUCUCCUCUCCUUCUCCGUCUGAAUGUUUGUUCUUCGUUUCUGCAGGUUCUGCGGCAACCACAAUCCCGCCACCGAUGAGCAGAGGAUCCCUUGCCCUAUCGACCCUUCACAGUUAAUAUCUCCCCCCCUCUCUCUCUCAAAAUCUGUAUAUAUCUCUCUCUACACUGAUAUUGACGCAGAAUUCUUGUUUCUGUGUCCAUCCACUCCGGCUGGAAGUUCCGUGCUGAAGAGAAAUCUGGAUAGCCACAUAGCGAGGUGCCCGGUGAGGAAGCAUGCUCUGGAAUUGGAGGCCCAACCUUUCUACAAGAAGGGCGUCAACUGUGGCGGAGGUGAGGGUGCCAAAGGAUUCGUCAGAUCGGAAGCUAAGAGGAGUGAGAUCUACCGGCUUACUGUGCCUGAGUUUCUAAGCUUAGUCCAGAAGAUCAAAGCCGUAUACUCGUCUCUCCCAAAGGAAAUUUACCUGCGGGAGUCGUUCAUCUCGUCCCAGGCCUGCGCAGAAUGGUUGGAAGGCAGAAGGGGAGAGGACGGCCAGCAGUUGCCUUUCCAGGAGAAGCACGCGCUGCAGCAGGCCUCCAUUCUUGGGAACAUGGAGGCCUUGGGGGUUCUGAAGACGACGGUCCCGGAAUUUAGGAGCGGGGACGGUGCUGAGAAGGGUGGUGGGUCGGCUGGAGAAGAAGGGAAAGAUCAGGCGGUGGUGGAGUUUGGGGCUGGCAGGGGGUACCUGACCCAGAUGCUCGCAGACUGCUAUGGGAUUCGCGGAGUGUAUCUGGUCGAGCGCAGGUCAUACAAGCUCAAGGUUAGCUAGUUCCAUUUUGUUGCCUCUGAAAGAUCGCGAGUUUGCAGAUUUGACAGAUUGCAUCUCUUACAUUCUUCACAAGCUGCAAUAUCCAUUAGUCUCCACUGACGAAAACGAUCUGGUGAUGUGCAACAAAACUAUCUCCUCUUCGGUGUCUUCAUAUUCUGAUGAUCCAGUCAUUGUCGGCAUUCUGAGGUUGUACCAGUCGAUGGGAUUUGGUGUUAAUCAGUAAACUCUUGUUUUUGGUACACCUUGGACCAGGGAAAACUGGAAGCAAGGUGUGUUCAGCCUAGGCGCAGGCACCAUAGCUUCAGGGAGAAAGAAGGGAAGAUCGGUGUUGCAGGCCAGUCCCUUUCCAACCUGGGAAAUUUUACUUCAUUAAAAUGCCUCUUCAACAAUCACAUAAGAUAACCCCAGAGGAUCUGACGCAAGCCAACGGAUUGCAAAGUGGACCUUUGCCACUGAUCUGUCUAGUCACCAUUUUGGAAGCUGUGUUUUUGCUGAGAUAUGGGAUCGUUCUUAUAGCAUCCAGGAAGAAAAUUUGAAAAGGAAAUAGUCAAGGUGUAAUUUCUCUAUCCUGAUCGAAAAGUUCCUUGAUGAUGUGAAGCUGUGGUGAGAUGGGGAGUCUUAGUUGGAGCCUGGCUGGUUUCGUAGGUCUCUAGGCCAAGUGUUCCUCCGUUUCUAGAUGUUUGACUUUUGGUGACUGGAGAGUCCGAUGUUAGGAGGAAGGAUGUCGGUGAAAGGAAUUAGCCCACAACUUCAGCUGUUCACCUUGUGUUGAAUUCCUUGUCGAGACAAUGUCAAUGCAUAAAUUCCUGGAAAUGAAUAGACUUAUUUUUUUCUGAUCUUCCACCGAGCUAGAUGCUGUGCUUGUCUUAUAAUUUUGUAAUCAUAUUAGAAAGAACACAAGUCAUGAAUCAUAAUCAAGAUUGAUUUUAAUAAACGUUGCAUUGUGUAUGAAGGAAAAUCGUUGUUCCCUGAGAAUCAUUUUUUUUUUAAUGGGGCAUGAAAAUACGGUAGUCUGAUAGACUCACGAGGCAAGAAAAAAGCCCAUGUCCUAACCUAUUCCCCUUGAGGCCCCGACGCAAGUGCUACAAUAGAGCAUUGACGUAGGUAGCUGCAGAAAUCUUUCUGCUCUUUACUUUCACCUGCUGGCUUGUCAUUCUUGUCUUCAGCAUCGAUGGAUGGAUGGAUGGAUGGAUAUAUGGAUGGAUAUGGUCCUAAACUCAUCCUGUUGAUGACCUAUUUCGGAUGAUGUUCUGUGUUUAUGGCACUUACGGCCACCUGAUCUUGUCCGUGUCGUAGUUUUGCUCUCUUGCUGCAUUUUACUCGCUCAGUUCUUGGUUAUUUUGACUCAACCAGAGCCUCUGACUAUUUUGAAGAUCCAAUCGUCCUCUAGGCUGAUCGAAGCCUGCGGCAAAAAGACGGCAUGAGUUUAGAGCGGCUGAGAAUUGACAGUAAGCCUUCUGUUCGCCCAUUCUUUCUCCGCUUCCCAUACUCUGUGGUAACUGGGCCUAUAAUGCUGUGGUUUUUGUGUUUUGUAUUUCUACGUCUAGAGAGAGAGAGAUAGAGAGAGAUAGAGAUAGAGAGAGAGAGAGAGAGAGAGAGAGAGAGAGAGAGAGAGAGAAUGCAGGAAGAUUUGUGGGCCAUUAGAGGUUUAAAAUUUUAUUAAUUUAUGGUUUUUUUCUCUUAGUUAUUAAUUUAUGGACCAUUGGAGAUUUCUGUUCGCCCUUUCUUUCUCUGGGCCUAAAAUACAGUGGAGAUCUUUUUUUUUUGUAUUUCUAAGUCUAGAGAGAAGAGGGUGUAGGAAGAUUUGUGGGUCCUUUGAUAUUUUAAGAUUGAUUAAUUCUCUGGGUUUCUUCUCUUAUUAAUUAUGGAGCAUUAGAGAUUUAUGUUUGCCCUUUCUUUCUCUGGGCCUACAAGGAUGAGUUUUUUUCUUCUUCUUUUUUUCAUAUUUCUACUUCUAGAAGGAGAGAGAGAGUGGGGGGGUGUAGGAAGAUUUGUGGGCCAUUAGAGCUUUUAAAAUUUAUUUAUUUAUGAGGCUUUUUGCUCUUAUUUAGUAAUUUAUGGGCCAUUAGAGAACUCUGUUUGCCCUUUUUUUCUCCAGGCCUAAAACGCUGUGGAUUUUUUUGGGUAUUUCUGCUUCUGGCGAGAGAGAGAGAGAGAGAUUAUUUGUGGGCCAUUAGAGAUUUUUGCGUGCUGUACAUACUAUCAUGUUGAUGUUCUUGAAACUCCCUUCCGACCUCGUACUGCCCAUUUCUCCGCAGUCGAAGAUCUCAACCUGAAUGGAGUGGAGUCUCUGAGGGGCCGCCCCUACCUGGCCAUCGGGAAGCAUCUGUGCGGCCCCGCAACAGGUGACCAGACCCACUCUCUCACUAAACAUGCAUGACGACGCCGGGCGUAGCGCCUCGACUGAGGAAAUGCCAACUCUUUGCAGACCUGACUCUGAGAUGCUGCCUCCGCGGAGAUGACGACGACGACGACCGAUCGAGCGGCGCCGCCGCCGCUCAGCUCAGUGGCCUCGCCGUCGCAACCUGCUGCCACCAUCUCUGCCAGUGGGACCAAUACAUCAGUAAGCAACUCCUUUCUGUCCUCAUAAUCGUUUACUGCCACCUUCUACCUCCGCCACCGCCGCCACCGCCGCCGCCGCCCAGACGGAGCUGAUAGAUCUCAUCGCUGUCUGUCGCUGUUGCAGACAAGCCGUAUCUUUCCGAGAUUGGGAUCGAGGAAGAGGAAUUCAACGCCAUCACAUGGUUCAGCAGCUGGGCGGUAGACGGAGCACACAACCUGGGGAAUUCUCACGGCGGCGAUCAGGCGGCGUCCCCAGACUCCUCCGACAGCGGCGGAGGAGCCUGUGGAGUCGAGGAGGUGGUGAAGCGGAUGAGCUCCGGCGAAAAGGCCUGUCUGGGCUUCGUCUGCAAGGAGAUUAUCGACGUGGGGAGGCUCAUGUGGUUGAGGGGGCGAGGUCUGAAGGCAGAGCUCGUCAAGUACGUCCCAGUAAGCGUCUCCCCUGAGAACCAUCUUCUCCUGGCCAGAUGA